AUGCACGCGCCGCUUUGGCCCGAGCCGGAGGAGAAUCCUAGGGUGCGAUCGCUGCAGACCGGGCGCUCACCUGUACGCCCUGGCCCGGACUCCGGACAGCAACGGCAGAAAGAGAACACCGUCUCGUCUCAUUCUCAUUUGAUUCACGUCCAUUUGUCACAACCCUUGUUACCGUCGUUCGGCAUACCCCGUAUUCCGUCGCCCCGGUUGGUUGUGUGCGCCCGUGGCAUGUCUCCGUACGCGUCACGGGAUCAUCCGAUAACGAAGUCCAUAUUGCUAGACAGAAAGGUCGAAGAAUUGUACCCUUCAAUGCUUCUGCGAUUUUGUGCUAACAUUUUCGUCGCAUGUGAGGUUCCCACAGCUGCGCAGCUGUUCGGGGAGCCGCCAGCGGAUAACACCCGACUGCUUGACAUGUUAGUGCAUUGCUCCCUUGUCCAAACAGGCCUCGCCCUCACCCGGCGGCGGGCUGGAUGCCGUCUCUGGACAGCGUUGUCAUUGUGCCUUUCAGCGUGUUCCGAAUGGUUGUUCCCGGAAGCCGUGCGGUGGAGAAGGCAAAACAAAUUCGUGGAGCCCCUUUGGGCUGCCUCCGCAGCUCUCCGUUCGUUGCUUUGGAUCGCCGGCAACGCACGCAACCGUUGGGCACAGAAAGCGUGCGGCUUGUUAGAAGAGAAACACCGAUGGGCCCUGUGGAGGGAGUGCCGCCCCAAGGAUUGGCCUGCUGCGUCCCUGCAGGCAGCAGUUGACGACUUGCUGUGUCUGCAACUCCAGGCAGCUAGGCUCACCCAUGGGGCUGCUGACCUCUACGGGGCCGGACCGCACCAGCUAGCCGGCUUGUACUGUUGGCUGUCCCCUUCUUGCUACUACGUGGGGGUUGCCAGGUCAGAGCGGGUCCGGCAAAAAUGCUCCCCCGGAGUGGCAUGCCGAUGGCUCGAACACGUCACCGGGCACGUACGGCCACGCUUCCCGGGGAGCGACAAGCUACGCUACAGAAAGAUGCGGCAAUUUAGCCUCGACCGCACAUUCUUCUUCUUGUGUCGGUUGGGCCCGCUGCCACGCAUCCGUGCUAUGGAAACUUGUGAGAUUGCCAGCCGUCGCCCUAAUGCGAAUGUCAUGGGGCGGCCCCCCUCGCGCGGCGGGCCAGUCUCUCCUGCCCGCCCGCGCAAAGGGCUGCCGAAACAUUUGCGGCAGGGAGGUGCCACGCAGGGACCCUUUGACGCUCCGCGGGCCGCUGGCGCCCUUGCCGCUCUUUCGGCAAGGUUCGCGCGUCCCCAUGCGGACGGGCCUGGUGCGGAACCGCAUUCCCAUUGUUUCCCAGUUUUUCACCGCUCGUAUGUGAUGUCUGCCCGUCGUCUCCUCGCGGCGCAGGGCGUGCAAUGGCCAGUUGACAUCUUUGCGCCGCCCCAUGCCCGCUUGCUUGCGCUCUGGUGCGGGACACGGGGUGCGUGCGUCGACUGGCACUUGCUCGAAAGGCGGUGGAGAACCCCCAACGGCGCCAUUGCCUUAUCGGGCCACCUCGGCCUUCUGCGAGGGUCAGGCCGCAAGGCAGUGGCCGCCCGGCGGGUGAACGAAGCACUCCGUCGCCGUCAGCUACCGCCUGUCCACGGGCUCGCUGUGCGCGUGCCGCGCCCCUCCUUUCUUGGGGCGGUGCGCGCAAUACUCAAGAGCGCCAUUGCCGGGCGCGCCGACUGGGGCGAAGCGGAGAAGCGAUGGGCCAGGACACACAUCCGGCUCGUGGCAGGCGCUCUGCCCAAACAGCGGGACAAGUGGAACGCUGUCAGCGUGAGCAAGCGCAUGUGCGUCUCUUUGGCCGACACUGGGGGCGCGCGCAACCCAGACGCGGCGGCCGAGGGUCGUGACAUGUUCCGGGUUGACAAGGUGUGGGAUGUGCCAGACAGGCCAAGCAUGGAAGCCGUCAUGGCGGCCGUGCGUUCGUGCGUGGCCCGCGCAUGCUCCCAGCUUGGCAUGCCGUGGCAUGACGCGCAAUGCCGCAUCCCAAACGUUGUUCAUGUACUCCGCAACCACGGCGCAUACGCAGGUGAACGGGCUGCUUGGCCACGCACGAGUCACGAAUACCAAGCGUACGUCAGCGACAUGUGCAGAAGCACCGAUGAGGUGCUCGUGCCAGAUGACAAGCAGAAUAAGUUCAUGUGGCGCAUGCCAGCUUCGGUGUACCAGGGGCUUCUCUGGCGGUAUGCCGUGCUCUCGCCGACGUGGUCCGUGGCCGCCAAGAGCGCUGCCGAGGCCAAUGAAUGGUGCUUGGCCGUGAUGGGCCAGCUCCUUUCAGAGCCAAUGAAGCAGUUCCUCGGCUUCGAUCGGUACCGAACAGUGUUGCCAUAUUAUUACGCCACCAUCAAGAGCAAAUGCUUCGUGUCAGGUGCCAAGGUUUGCGAAAAGGUUGCUCACUCGUGCGUGCGAAAGAUUGUCUCCUGCGCCGCGUGGCCCCGAAGGCGCAGGUGGCGGUUCUUGCACCGCGGACUUGAGCACGUCAUGCGGGCAAGCGGAGGCGGCGACGAGGUCUGGUCGCUGAAAGAUGCGGCCAGCACCAUGGAAGUCCGCAUGGCCGCAGCCAGGGUGCGCGACGGCCAGAGCAUCUGCGCCCGGUGCCACGUGCGAAAGUAUCGCGUCGUCGGCCUGGUUGCAGACGCUGGCCAGUUCUACGAAACGGUGACCCCCCAGUCUGCCCUGAGCGCGGCCCACCAAGUGCUGCUCCGGUGCGCCCAGACCACUGGCAAGACGACAGUAUCGGUAGCCCGCCGUGGGCGCGCCGCGUUCCUGUGCGGCCACGCGCGGGUUCCGAAUGAUUCUUUCUAUUGUUUCGAGUUUCGCGACCUCUACUUGGCACUUGCUGCGUGCAUGAUGCUGCAAUUUUGCUCUCUCGGGGACGUCGUUUUCGUAAUGGCGGGUCUCCCGAUAGGCGGGGUGUUGUCGAACAUUGCUGCAAGCUACGUACUCGGCUCGGAAGAGAGGCGCUGGACCCUUGAUGUUCGCCGCCGGUCGGACCUCGGCUUUACGAGCACAUCCGACGCGUGGGACCGAGAGGUAGCUCGAGCACGUUACGUCGACGACAUAUUCUGGUUGUCGGGGGUGUAUUGCCACGAUUGCCUACAAGAGGCCGUCUGCGCAAUGUAUAGCACGAGCUUCUCUGUUGAGCCGUUGGCGAUUGUCCCCGAGUGGCUUGAUUUGCGUUUCGACACACUCACGUUCUGCUGGAGUAUGGCCGACAAACCAAUGGUCUUCGCCCCCCCAUGGGGUUGCGGACGCAAUUUUGUCCAUGGCAUGCUGAGCGGCCGCCUCUCCCGAUGGUCGGAAGUCCCACUUCACGAUGAGGCCUGGCUCACCGCAUUAGUGAGUAUGCUGCUUGAGCUGCGGCGUGCAGGGUGGAGUAAAGGGGCAGUCCGCGCAGCCAUCCACCGAGUGUCAGCCAAGAUUCCGAGAGGCCGGUUCGUCCUGCUGGGCAGAGCGGCACGGGCGGUUUGGCCGUAG